CUUGUGUGUAGUGAAAUCGCAUGGUGCAAGUUUUGUACAAAAACAAAAACUUAUAAAGAAAAACCAGUCUGAUAAACCGGUUAGUGCGUGCGUGUCAGUUUAACGUUUUCGGUUCUCGACUGUUCAUUUAUACGAAUAUUCACGAAAACCUUGUCGACGAAACAAGCUAGUACGGUACGCCAUAGCCGGCUACCGGCUUCAAGGACAAAUAGGGGAUGGUCUCUGGCUGAUCUCUGGCAACAUUGACUCAGCAUUGCUUGACGGCUUUCAAUUCCAUAUUUGCGUCCAGUUGCCAACAUCCUGAAGGAGUGAAAAGAGAUACAUAAUAGAGCGCUCGAAGUAUCUUACUUUACAAAACAGUUUUUUUUUUAGGAAUUGGACGUAUUGGUUUAAAAUUAGCCUUUUAAGGCGUCACUCGUAACUUAAAGUAGCGCACCCUAUACCGUCUCGCACAAUAACAUAUAUUAUUACAAAGUAAUUUCAAUUUCAGUCUGUAUUUGAUUAUAUAGUUGAGGAUAUAGUUUCUGAAUCAGUUAUUAUAGACGUUCCGUCCUAAGCAGAGAAAAGUCUCAGCAUGGAAAACAUUAACAUGAAGGGAGUCAUCGUAAAAAAUGCGACUAAGACUUAUGGCGCUGGAAAGAGCAAAUGUGCGAUACUAAGAGGACUUGACAUGACCGUGAAAAAAGGAACCAUAUACGGUUUGCUCGGAGCCAGCGGUUGUGGUAAGACAACCCUGUUGAGUUGCCUCGUCGGGCGUCGUCGACUAAAUAAUGGAGACAUUCUCGUCCUGGGACAUGAGCCUGGAUCACCGGAAAGCGGAAUCCCCGGUCCAAGGGUCGGCUACAUGCCGCAAGAACUGGCCUUGUUCGAUUACUUGAGCAUCAAAGAAACGCUCCAAUAUUUCGGCCGCAUCUACAAUUUGAAAACGGAUUUCGUCAAUUCGCAAUUAGAGUUUCUGUCAAAGUUGUUGGAUCUUCCCCCGAGUCAUCGUUACGUCGGGACGCUGAGUGGUGGCCAACAAAGACGAGUCUCUUUUGCUGUCGCCCUUUUCCACGAACCGGAGCUGCUCAUCUUGGACGAGCCAACGGUUGGCGUUGAUCCUCUUCUUAGACAAAGCAUCUGGAAUCAUCUUGUCCGUCAGAGUGUCGACCACGGUAGAACCGUCAUAGUCACUACCCACUACAUCGAAGAAGCUCGACAAGCCAACACGAUUGGGUUGAUGCGCUCGGGUCGGCUGCUCGCGGAAGACUCGCCGGAGAAUCUGCAAAGGGAUUACAACCAAACUUCGCUGGAGAAUGUAUUUUUGGAGCCCGUACGCGACAGAUAGCUUAGAAGUACUUUUUUAAGCUUAGAAAAAACGCAAAAUUUCGUUGUUUAGUAAUGUUUUAGUAAGCUUAACUUUGCAACACACAGAACCAUGAAAUAUAUAAGCUAAACAUAGCUGGUCCCGUGGUGAGCUAAGAAUUGCUGUUUUUUUAAAGCUUGAUUCAGCUUAUUCUCAUCUAUCCUAGAAAAAAAGGGGGAAAAUAAAUGGCGCGCGCGCGCUCACUUUUUCUAAGCUUAACUAAGCUAACUUUUAUAUUUCUAAGCUUUUUCGUAAAUUCUGGGUCACCUAUCCAAUUGCUGAUGUGAUGAGGGGUUGCUGCGUUCCUUGUAGGUGGUCACCGUUGGUCCUGAUGUGGCAUUCUUUGAUGCGCUUUAUUUUUCAAUAAUGAAUACUACCGAAUUUACACCAGAUAUAUUUUUCUCUUCUUUUUCUCUUUCCCUUAAUCCUUGUAAUG